UCCGAAGGCCCAACCCAGUGGGUUCGGUGUCCGAUGGGGAUUUGCAAUGCGCCUGCCACAUUUCAGCGAGCGAUGAACAUGGCGUUCCAGAACUGUGUCAACAAGACAUGGCUGACGCAAGGGAUGAUCAACUUUUGCGUGAUCGUGUACAUGGACGACAUCCUGGUCUACUCGGAAACCUAUCACUGGCACGAACAACACAUCAAAUGGACAUUGGGUGCAUUGAGAGACGCGGGGUUUAAAAUUGCGCUUGAGAAGAACGAAUUUUUCCUCUCGGAAAUUUCGUUCUUGGGCAAUGUCGUGACACGUGGAGGACUGCGGCCAGACUCGAGAAAAGUUGCGGUGCUAAAGGAAGCUCCGGUUCCCACGUCACUGACGCAGGUUCGAGCCUUCUUGGGACUAGCGUCGUAUUAUCGACGCUUCAUCAAGGGCUUUGCCGCGAUUGCACGACCACUAACGAAUCUGUUACGGAAGGACCAGCCCCUCAGCUGGGACGCGGAGUGCCAGCAGGCUUUUGCAACUCUCAAGGACGCUCUGGCAAUGACCCCUAUUUUGAUUCGACCGGACCCCUCGAAACAGUUCAUUCUCAUCACGGACUGGCAACCGGAAGCUAUUUCCGUUAUUUUAGCACAGAAGGGGAACGAUGGUCGCGAAUACAUCAUCGAGUACGCGUCACGAACCGUACCAGACGAACGAAGAAACGACUCCACACCUCAGGGUAAGUGCUAUGCAGUAGUUUGGGGAAUCCAACACUUCCAUCUGUAUCUCUACGGACAGAAGUUUCGCCUCGUAACGGAUCACGAGCCUCUGCUGGCGCUGAAGAAACUCACCAACUACACGGGCAUGAUUGGCCGUUGGGCGGUGCGAUUACAAGAAUACGACUUCGAUAUCGUCCAAUCGAAAAACAGAGCGACACGGCAACGCGGACGGGCUGACACGUCUGCACCGGCCUGCCAAGUACGGCUGACGUGGACCGAGGGCGAAGCGCACCCGCCUUGCAUAGAGCGACUGGAGUUGCUGUUUAUCCAGGCCUGGCGCACCAACGUGGAGGGAGAGCUCCUCGCGUUCCUAUUCGGUACAGUACGGCCCGACCAUCAGGAACUUAUCACGCAAGAGCUCACGAUUCCGAUAGCACAGCUAGCGGACGAUCUCCCUCUCGACAUCAUCUCGCAGGACGACGAGCACCCGAUUCCUCACGUGCUUUCUUGCACGUAUCUCCAGUGGUCGACUUGUGUGGAGGGAGCCGCAGAGCGCAUCCCGCCAUCACAGCAGCAGUAUUUGGAUCCCCGGACGGUUCGCCAUCCUGCUUUCUUCAGGCAUCCAACGACAGAACAACUUGCUGCCAUUCGAGAGGAGGAAGAGGAGGAAGAAAGCACUGAGAGGGACGAAGGAGAAGACGAACGGGAAGAAAGUGGGGAAAGCAACGAAGUAUUCGGGGAAGAAGACGAAACCCCCGAAGAAGGAAGCUAUAGUGAGCAUAGCGAGGGGGAGCCAAGCGAAGAAGAAGAAGAAGACGAAGGAGAAGAAGGGCACGAAGAAGAAUCUGUUGGAUCGGAGUGGGAAGCCGUGCCGGAAGAAGCGCUGCGCAGAGGAACAGAGGCAGAAGAUCCCGAGGCAGCCCGUAAAAGAGAAGAGAUCGCGACCGGGAAGACGGAGUUAGAACUCGCAAGCGCGGCGAGUCUGCAGAUCUGCGACGACCCGAACCGAGAUCCGGAGCCGCCUCGACCUGAAGAUGGCGACCUCGCGGCCAUGACUCCGGCCCCAUCGGCACGACGACGAAGCCGAUCCCCCUCCUCCCCAACCCGUCCCCCAGUUCUCCGACGUACCGAUAAGGGUGAUCGGCCUUCGUCCCCGAUCCCUCUCUCGCCGUCCCCUUGACUACCUCACCCUUCGCCAGCUCACCACCCCCGUCACGUUCCCCUCCAAUC